CGGCUGCAGCCAUAGCAGCAAGCUGGGACGGUGUAAACAAAGCGAUAAUAUUUAGCUAGCUUGGCUAGCUAGCUUCAUUGGUAGAAUCCUGUCCAAUACUUUAAAUAUGUUUUUACUGAACAAACAUAAUUAACGGAUUUCUUGUAUUUUUAUUGAUCCGAUUUUAUCUACAUUUGCCGAUUUUUUGGGAAUAUAACAAAAUGACAUGGUCGCUAUGUGUUUAGAUAGAUAAGGUUAUCUGGCAAAUAAAUCACAGCGAGAUGUGCUAGAUAAUUAGCCAGCGAGCUGCAUUACCAGGGGACUUUUCUAGCUAAGUUACCGAAUAACGGUAGCGUGGAUUAUUUACGUUGUCCUCAAACACGGAGUGCAUAAUGUAUAGUUCUGAAAUUAAACAUAUCUACUUUUAGCCUGUUGAUUAAUGAGUGUUUGGUUCUAGCUAACGGUUGCUAGCUAGCUAACAUCACUUAAGCUUUCUAGCUAGCUAACGGUUUCUGUAAUGUAGCCAUAGACUAUAUAUGCUUCCAGAAGGCGUUGACAAAUGUAUUCUUUUAAUGUUACUGUGUAACCUCGCCGUUUUUUUUAUUUAAGAAAAAUAAGCUUUUUUUUUUUUUUUUGCUUCUAGACUAUCUAGUUUAUGACUUAUGAAUUUAUUCUGCCAGUUAACUAACUCGGUAACGUUCGCUUGAUAGCAAGGCUAAAAUGCAUGGGGACAGAGUGGGAAUGUCAAAACCUGCUGGGAAGCAGAUAGUAUAACUUAGCUGGGUAGUUGCUUUGCCUAUGAUCAAUCUCCUAACAUAUGAGUUUGAAGUGCAAUGUUCAGCCUGAUGGCGAACUGCUGCAACUGGUUGAAACGUUGGCGAGAGCCUUCAAGGAAAGUAACUCUGGUGAUGGUGGGACUGGACAACGCAGGGAAAAGCGCCACAGUCAGAGGGAUUCAGGGAGAAAACCCAGAGGAUGUGGCCCCCACUGUUGGAUUUUCCAAGGUGGACCUGAAGCAGGGGAAGUUUGAGGUGACCAUCUUCGACCUGGGCGGGGGGAAAAAGAUCCGGGGCAUCUGGAAGAACUACUACUCCGAGUCGUACGGUGUGGUGUUUGUGGUGGACUCGAGCGACGUGCAGCGAAUCCAGGAGACCAAGGACAUCAUGGCCGAGGUCCUGCGCCACCCCCGCAUUGCCGGGAAGCCCGUGUUGGUGCUUGCCAACAAACAGGAUCAAGAUGGGGCAAUGCAUGAGGCUGACAUCAUCGAGUACCUGUCCCUGGAGAAACUUGUGAAUGAGAACAAAUGUCUCUGUCAAAUAGAGCCGUGCUCGGCUGUCCUUGGCUACGGGAAGAAGCUGGACAAGUCCAUUAAGAACGGGCUCAGCUGGCUGCUGAGCAACAUCGCCAAGGACUACGAAGCCCUCAACGAGCGUGUGCAGAAGGACACGGCGGAGCAGAGGGCUCAGGAGGAGCAGGACAAGAAAGAGCGCGCCGAGAGAGUGCGUCGGGUCCGAGAGGAGAGGGAGCAGAGGGAAAAAGAGGAGGCAGAGCGAGAGGGUAGGACCCUACAGGAGGAGGAGCCCGAUGAUGUCAACAUGGCCAACCCCUUCCAGCCAAUCAGCAAUGUCAUCACAGAGAAUGAGGACAAGUUGAAAAAGGAGAAGGAGAGGAAGAGGCAGAGAGAGGCACAGGAGGAGCAGAACAGCCCCACCCUCACACAGCAGCCACAAGAGGAAGAGGAGGAGGAGGAAGGAGAGGAGGAGAGCGAACGACAGACCCCAGAGAGCGCAGAGUCAGCAGACCAAGCCAAGAAGAAGACCAAGAAACUACGCCUGAAGAGAAAGCACAGAGUAGACCCCUUAAGAACAGAGGAGGUGGCCCAAGAGAGCCCCACCCCCCCACCACCUCCAAUUGGAUGGGCUACUCCCAAAGUUACUAGACUUCCCAAACUUGAGCCUCUUGGAGAUACAAGACGUUCUGAUUUCUAUGGCAAACCCCUCCCUCCCGUCUCAGUUAGGCAAAGACCUAAUAGUGACACUCAUGAUGUAAUUUCCUAAUCCUUCUGUGGCUGUCCCCUCCCCCCCACCACCACCAAAAAAAAAAAAAAAAAUCAUGUAUCUUUCAUUUUAUUUAUUUUCCCUUUCCAAGUACGUGGAGUAUAGAAGUUUACAAGAACAUUCUGCCCUGGAUUAGAAAACUGACACCCAACCAACACUAACUGCACGGACAGCGACCCAUUUCCAAGAGGACUAGGAUGGACCCUUGUCUCAACCCUGCUCUGGAGAAUUUAAUCUACCUUCAAACUGACAGUCUGAAGACUCAAGUUAGGAAAUGCGGACAAGAACAGUUCAGUGUUUCCUUACGUGCUUCAAGAGAACAUUGUUUGUCUUCUUUCAUUCUUCAGCAUCCAUUUGCUACUGGCUCUUAAUGGACUUCAAAACCCUUUGACAAAGAAACCUGCAAACUUAUUUUAAUUUUUUAAUAUAUUUUUUCUAUUGCUUAGUUAUCAGUAUUUGUACAGAGUUUGUAGGCUUUUUGUGGUCGCUGUUUUAUUCUUUGCUCAUUCCAUUUCCAAAGCCUUGUAUGACUUUCAGGCAAAUUCUUCAUUCUGCAUUUUUUAUGGGUAUCUUUUCCAUAAAAUAUUUUUUUUGAAAACCAAUAAUGAUCUUAAGAAAAGUUUAUGGAAAAUAAUGUUAAUAGGUAAUUUUCACUAAACUGCUACACCAAUCAGAUUUUCCAAGGUAUUUAAAGCCAUACUAUGCAGGAUUUUUAGCCUUGCUGUGGUCCUGUGUUUACAAUCAAAGAAGUCUCCUGCUGCAUCAUCAACCCUGCCCACUCAACUCCUUUGAGGGCAAGAAACAUCCUUGAACGCAGCAAGCGUAGCUGACUGGCUAGAGGUAAUGUUACUUGCAGGUCCAACAGAAAACACGCGAAAUUCACGUCCCUUUUUUCAUCCUCUUGGUGAACUUUCGUUGUGGCCAUCAAGAAAAAUCAAUUCCGGGGUUGACUAGUUUUUGAACCCUGUCAUUUUACUGUACUAGUAGCUAGCUACAAACGCUCCGCUGAAAUCUGUUACCACUCCACUUGCUCUGUAGUCUGUCACCCCUCCCCACACAAGAAAUAGCGUCAUUUUAGAAGAAGAAAAACAGGCAGAGGAGCAUGAAUUAGAUAUGACUGAGCAUGGUUACUUUAUAAUAUUUUCAAGGUAAAACUCCUGCAUAGUAUGCAUAUCCUUCAUAUACAAUGCACAUUUUAAAAAUAUGAAUGCGCAGUUGAAAUAUUGGGGAUAUUCUUUCAUUUCAACUACUCGAUGUGCCAUCAGUGCACCACGGGAACCGGAACAAUCAGACAGACUGAGGUGCAAGCAUUCAUAUCUACCAGUGAAAAAACAGGAAGAACUCCAACCCCAUCCGCCCCACCAGACCAUUGGUCUGAAAAUGUUUUUAUGACCUGGCAAUACUACCCGCACAUCAUGAUGCUAGCAUUGUUGACUGAAACGCAUUUUUAUUCCUCCUGGGGAAGUUGGAUAUUAGGACAGUAAACUUUGUUGAAUAUACGUAAGAUAAAAUGUACCACUAAACCUGCCGCUUAAAAAUGUUAAAAGCCCUGGGCUACAAUGUGGCCAAUGUGUUCACAAAAAAGGGAUUGCAGCUUUAUAGUUCCCUUUUAGGACGCCGCAACUAAUAGAAAUUAAGUGGGAAAUUAGUGGCACAUUCACAAAUGGUUAAGGUAUAUUUCUGCAGUUUGUACAUUGUUAAAUGGAUCGGUAUUAAGCCUAAUUUUACAUUUGUACGCUUGUAAGGCGUUAAAAAAGCAUAGUACAUAAAUGUCACACUUUUUGGAUAUCGUUACAUGUUUAUUGGAUUUGUAUACAGUCUUUUUUCUACCACGGGUUUGUUUCUUUAUUACUAUAACUAAAAUGCAUUGUACUCUGCUUUUUAAUCUCAUUAAAUACAUGCGUUAUUUUCCAAUCAAA